CGCUCCGGUUCUGAUCUCGUUCCCCAUGGCGGCGCGCACCGAUCGGCUCGGCUCUCGAAACUCCGCCUUUCCUCUUCGUCGCGCCGCGCUCGCCGCUCUCUACAAACCCUCGGCAGCCCCUCUCCAGCGUCGAGAGCGAGAGAGACAGAGAGAUAUGGAGACGGAACCUCCGACGCCGCCGCCGCGGCAGCUGCCGGAGCCGGCGGUGCCGAUCUUCAGGGAAGGCGUGGCGCUGACGCUCUCCCGGUGGUCGGCCCUCCAGAUGGCGGUCGACAACGAGUGGGGCGGCCGGAACUCGCGGCAGAGGGCCGACGAGCUCGGCCACGACAUCUUCACCUGGUUCACGCAAUCGAAAGAACCGCUUUACAUCGACGAUUUGGAAGAUCUUCUGUACGAAGCCAUGAUUGCCCUGAACACCGUGGCCGAAGACGGCAGCGUCGAGGAGGUGGCGGAGAAGUUGGUGAUUAUGCAUGAAGAAUGCCUGGAAGGGAACUUCGCGGCUGUUGAGAAGCUGAGGGAGGCUGCUUUGAAGAGAGUGGCGCCGGCGCAUGUCAAGCAGGUCGUUGAAGGAGAAGAAGAGGAAGACAGUGAUAGUGAUAGUGAAGACAUGACUGUGGAUGAUUCACCAUACAUGGUGGUGGAUGCACCGAAAUCUCAGCCGAGCCCGACUCCGGCCAACAAAGCCAGAGAUGAGGGGCGGCCAACUCAGGCGGCUGAUGCAGAUGGAUGGACAGUGGUCAGUUCAAGAAAAAGUAAGGGUAAAAAGUAGUGUACACGACCAAACUUGUGUAAGGCUCUGCGAGUAUGUAUGGCGUAGUUUGUUGUUACUUCCCUUCUUGCCAAGUUCAAAAGUGAUUGUUGAGAGUCGAUAAUUUUUUGCUACUUCUCUUCUUGCCAAGUUCGAAAGUGAUCCUUGAGAGUUGAUAUUUUCUUAUCAUCGUCGGAGAUUGUAUCGGCAGAAACGAAAUUUUUUUAUGUUGUUUUGAUUACAUAACAUAAAAAUGAGAUCUACCCGGGA